GAGCGGUAACUAACCACCAACACUAUACAUUGAGGAUUCAAAGGAUUCACUCGUGUAUCGAAACGUAUCCGAUAUUAGUCACAAACUGGUUCCGUAGUGCAUCGUGUAUAAAUAGUAAACAUGAGGGGUUUGGUUUUUAUCAGUGUUGCUUUGCUGCAGGUUUCGUGGUGUUUUGCAUAUCCGAAUCCGGCAGGUGUAGGGGCCUACGCAUACCAGGACUCAUCAGGACAUAGGUACGGUGGAACUUACGAUCUCAAGGACGAUUUCAAUCCAUUCAGAGAUCCUUUCGCAUCUCCCUUCAACGACGUGGACGCAUUCUUCCCAGAUUACUUCAGGAAUUACGAGAACUUACUCCAACAGAUUUUUGCUUCUGAUAUAGAGAACCAAAGGUUAGCGUCAUACGCUGCACAAAAAGCGUAUGAUCUAACAUAUAACCAAGCUGGUUACCAUACGAAUUUCUUUAGGUUCCCCAAUUUUGGCGGGUUCCCAUUCUUUGGAGCAGGACCGAUGCCAUUUAACGUGGGCCCACAUAGCCAUAAUGCAGCCUUUGCAGGUGCUGCCGUAGGACCAGGAUUCAAGCAUCAAGUUGCUGGUAUUGAUCCGAUCAAUGUGAAUAUACCGAACGUGGACGUAGUCAACCGUUUUAAUGAUGUGCAAGGAAAUGGUCCUGGAAAGUUUUACAGCGUCUCAAGUUCAUCUUUCGCCUCAUCCUCCAACGAUAACGGGAAAAUCGGAGGCCGUAGAGAAGCUGAAACUAUAGUGAACGAAAAUGGAAAAAUUACUAAAUACAAGGUCCAUAGCUAAGCGUAUUAACGUCAUGUACAUAAUAUAUUGUAUAGUCUGAUGUAAAAUUGCAUUGAGUAAAUAUGGCAGGCCUUGAACAACAAGUACCUAUUAGGUAUCUAGUAAAAUCACUGACUCGAAAUGUUCGUUUUUAAUCAAUAAAAAAUCGUACGUUCUUUGUUUGCCCCGUAGGUAUAUUAUGUUCCUACACCAUUCAUCCGAUUGCAACAAAACUUUGUAAAGUUGUUGUUAGAACUUACGGGAUGGUUGUUGAUAUCUCGUAGAUACCAUUAAAAUGUUUGUAAUGCAUGCUGGUGUUUACUAUUGUGAUUAUGUCAGAUUUUACAAAUUUACUCAGUGCAAAAAACAAGUCGGACUAAAUGUACUUAAUCGGAGGUAGCGCCGCAAUUCUUAACUAGUAUUUUUAAUUUCUAUCUGCAUUAGGCAAUUUCUCAAUAGUUGGUAUUAAUUGAUGCUGUGCAUCCCAAAAAAUUACACGAGUCUGAAGAGGCUGUGAUUAUGACUGUAUAAUGUUAUCAAGUUGAAAUGAAAUAUCGUAGGUAACAUAUAAAUAUAAUUUGUAUCUAUUGUUUUACUUAAACUAAAUAGAUAUAAAUGAGUUGGCGCUUCAAAA